GUGUAUAAAACGGUACCGAUUACCGGGUGGAGGGUUUCAGUCUCGACGUAACAGUGGUCUUGUUCAGUCGACGAUAGUGUGCUGAAGUGGUAACGUGUUCAUCUAACCAUAGGGUCCACGAUGACCUUCGAGGACUUUUGUGGUGGUCCGUUCUGGGACGAGGAGUUCGUGUGGGACAUAGACAAUCCCAACCUGACGUUCUGUUUCCAGCGCGUCAUCCUGCAAUGGGUACCGUGUUUAUUUUUGUUCGUGUUCUCCGUCUACGAUAUCUUGAAAAUUACCGAAAGUCGUUAUCGAGACAUACCAUGGAACUGGUACAAUCUCUCCAAGAUGUUAGUGAUAUUCCUGCUCAUGUGUAUGUCCUGGAUCGAUCUGGGCAUGGUAGUGAGCUAUCAAGAUGAGCAGGGCUUAUACGAUGUGCAGAUCCUGACGGCCGUGUUCAAUGCAUUGACUUAUAUUGAUUUGAUUGUGUUGCUGUUCUUCAUGCGUAAGUACGGCAUUCGCACAUCCGGUACGAUGUUCAUGUUCUGGUUCCUGCGAAUGUUCUUCGGCAUCAUUCAGCUCCGUACGGAGGUGAUGGAUAACGAUAAGCGACCGAACGCGAUCGGAUCCGGUGACACGGUGGACUUUUGGGAGUAUCAAUACGUCAGUUACAUCAUCCAGUACUCCUUCAUCUGUUUGAUGCUCGUGCUGGAGCUGUUCCCCGAUAAGGCACCCAAGAUCAGUCACUAUCCCGAAUCUAAAAAUCCUAACCCGGAGCUUCAGUCAAGCUUCUUUUCCAAGCUUUUGUUCCUCUACUUUGAUGCGUUCGCUUGGAAAGGCUUCCGGAAACCUCUUACUAUGGAAGAGCUGUACGACAUUAAUCCACAGGACACAUCAAGUGAGUUAGUGCCACCAUUCGACAAGUACUGGGAUAUGAGCGUUGUCAGCGGGCGUAAAAAACAGAUCGCUGCAGAUAAGAAGGCUGGAAAACCGAACAUCGAAUACAAACCACACUCCGAAACGAACGGAUCAUCCCUGUACGCAAUGGUGCGGGCGUAUGGUGCACCAUUUUGGUUCGCUGGAAUGCUACAAAUAGCGAUAUCUGGACUCCAGUUUGCCUCGCCGUAUCUCAUGCAAGAAAUGAUGGCAGUUAUUGCACUAGACGGCCCCGUUUGGAAGGGGAUGUUGUUGACGUUCGCAUUGUUUAUUGCCUCGCUGCUACUUGCGUUGCUCAACGGUCAGUACUACUACAACACUUUCCUAAGCGGAUUCCGCAUACGUACCGGUUUGGUGAGUGCCAUCUAUCGUAAGGCACUCCGAAUUUCGAGUGCUGCUAAAAAGGAUACUACCGUUGGUGAGAUUGUUAACCUCAUGGCUGUGGAUGCGCAACGAUUCUUCGAGCUUACAUCAUACUUGCAUAUCCUUUGGUCUGGAAUACUGAUCAUUGCGCUAUGUGUGUACUUGCUGUAUGAUAUUCUGGGCGCGGCUGUAUUUGCCGGGCUGGGUGUAAUGAUACUGAUCACACCCGUGUCUGGUGUGAUUGCCACAAAAAUGCGCGAUGCUCAAGUGGCUCAGAUGAAGAUCAAAGAUGAUCGUGUGAAGAAGAUGAACGAAAUUCUUGGCGGUAUCAAAGUGCUGAAGCUAUACGCAUGGGAACCAAGCUUCCAGGAUAACAUUUUGACAGUUCGCAAGGAAGAAAUCGGCAUUCUGAAGCGUAUGGCGUACUAUGGUGCAGGAAUCUACUUUACAUUCACCAUCGCACCAUUCCUGGUCACUCUCGUAUCAUUCGCUGUGUACGUGCUGAUGGAUGAAGAGAAUAUUUUAGAUCCACAAACUGCAUUUGUGUCGCUUGCUUUGUUUAAUAUUCUACGCUUCCCUCUCGGAAUGCUUCCCAUGAUGGUGACGUUCUCCAUGCAAGCUUGGGUGUCAGUUAAGCGUAUCGAUAAGUUCCUAAACAGUGCUGAGUUGGAUCCCAGCAAUGUGACAAACAACAAGAGCGAUGAAGCACUCACUAUUAAGGAUGGAACAUUUUCCUGGGGAGAUGAGACACCCACAUUGAAGAACAUCAAUCUCUCGUUGCGAAAGGGACAACUGUCAGCGAUCGUUGGUACGGUCGGUACUGGUAAGAGCUCCCUGAUAUCGGCACUGCUUGGCGAGAUGGAAAAGAUAAGUGGUCAGGUGAAUACGGAUGGUUCGAUCGCUUACGUCCCACAACAAGCCUGGAUCCAGAAUGCCACUCUGCGUGACAACAUCCUCUUCGGUAAACCAUUCGACCAGAAGAAGUACGAUAAUGUGAUCGACUGUUGCGCCCUGAGGCCCGAUCUGGAGAUGCUUCCCGGCGGAGAUACGACGGAGAUCGGUGAGAAGGGAAUCAAUCUUUCGGGAGGACAAAAGCAACGUGUUGCUCUGGCUCGUGCUGUGUAUGCCGACUCUGAGAUUUAUCUGUUUGACGAUCCGUUAAGUGCUGUGGACGCUCAUGUAGGAAAGCAUAUUUUCGAGAAGGUGAUUGGACCAUCGGGAAUGCUGGUGGGCAAGUCGCGUCUGUUAGUCACACACGGUAUUUCUUACUUGCCAUUUGUGGAGAACAUCUUCGUUGUGAAGGAGGGAGAGAUAUCGGAGAGCGGAUCUUAUCAACAACUACUUGACCAGAAGGGCGCAUUUGCAGAGUUCCUUACUCAACACAUUCAGGAACUUGAUGAAUCAGAUGAAGAGGAAAUUAAGUUAAUCCAGGAAUCACUCAAGGACGAAACGGCCCAACGUAUCGUAGAACGCACAUUGUCUGUACGGUCCGGACGAUCGGGCGGCAGUAAUGGUAGCCAGCGCAAGAAGCGUAUUAGCCGACAAGAGUCGAAGGCAAGCUCGAAACGGGAAGUUCCUGUCAUCCAGAACCUUGAUAAGGCGACGCUAAUCGAAAAGGAAGAAUCAGCCACCGGGUCUGUAACAUGGGCUGUCUAUAAGAAAUACGUCACUGCCAUUGGUUUCCAGUUUGGCUUCUGGUCAGUCGUAUUCAGUAUAAUCAAUCAAGGUAGUGGUAUCUACUCCAGUAUGUGGCUUACUGAUUGGUCGGAAGAUCCGGAAGCUAUUACUGACACUUCAGUGCGUGACAUGUAUCUCGGAGUGUACGGAGCACUAGGAGGAAUACAAUCGAUCGCACUAUUCAUCGGAUCAGUAUUGCUUGCUUUGGGAUGCUUGAAAGCGGCGGAAGAAUCACACGAUAAGCUGCUGGAGAGUUCCAUGCAUAUGCCAAUGUCCUUCUUCGACACCACUCCACUGGGUCGUAUCAUCAAUCGGUUCUCAAAAGAUGUGGACGUGGUAGACAACAUUUUACCUGCAACAAUCCGUGCCUGGUUGUUGAUGUUGUUCAGCGUCAUCGGUGUUUUUGUUGUGAUCGGUAUAUCUACGCCGAUCUUCCUCGCCAUCGUACCACCGCUGAUGGUGAUAUACUACUUCGUGCAACGGUUCUACAUCGAAACGUCGCGUCAGCUGAAGCGACUGGAGUCCGUCACCAGAAGUCCGAUCUACUCCCACUUCGGUGAAAGUAUCGGCGGACAGUCGACUAUCCGUGCUUAUGCCCAGCAGGAACGUUUCAUAAAGGAGUCAGAAUAUCGUUUAGAUUACAACCAGCUUGUGACUUACCCAACUAUUCUGGCCAAUCGUUGGCUGGGCGUACGAUUGGAAAUUAUUGGAAGUUUGGUGAUCUUGUUUGCAGCUUUGUUCGCCAUUUUAGCUCGAGACAGCAUCGGGCAGGCAACAGUUGGACUCUCCAUUAGCUAUGCUCUGCAGAUUUCUAAUGUGUUGAGUUUCCUCGUACGUAUGACGGCUGAAGUCGAGACGAACAUUGUCGCCAUUGAACGAUUGGAGGAGUACACCGUGCUGCCGCGUGAAGCCGAAUGGAAGAAGGGAACUGUGGACAAAGCCUGGCCUGCAGAAGGAAAGGUUGAGUUCAAGGACUAUCAGAUCCGUUACCGCGAGGGUCUUGAUCUGGUCAUUCGAGGUAUCUCGCUCGGUGUCCGUGGAGGAGAAAAGAUCGGUAUUGUUGGUCGUACCGGAGCAGGAAAGUCCAGUUUGACACUUGGUCUCUUCAGAAUUGUUGAAGCGGCCGGUGGACAAAUCAUCAUCGACGGACUUGACAUUUCCGAAAUGGGACUUCACCAGCUCCGUAGCCGAUUGACCAUCAUUCCACAAGAUCCGGUUCUGUUCUCCGGUACUCUUCGCAUGAAUGUGGAUCCCUUCAAUAACUUCAGCGACGACCAGGUAUGGAAGUCUCUCGAGUUGUCCCAUCUGAAAACGUUUGUGAAGGGACUUACAGCAGGUUUGGAACACGAAAUCGCCGAGAACGGAGAAAACUUGUCGGUAGGACAAAGACAACUAGUCUGUUUAGCAAGAGCCAUUCUUCGCAAGACGAAGGUGUUGAUUUUGGAUGAAGCGACGGCGGCGGUGGAUUUAGAAACGGAUGAUUUGAUUCAGAAAACAAUCCGUACGGAGUUCGCCGACUGUACAAUUCUCACCAUCGCUCAUCGAUUGAACACGAUUCUCGAUUCGGAUCGUGUUCUGGUACUCGACAAGGGUUUGGUAGCGGAGUGUGACUCACCACAAAAUCUACUAGCGGACAGAGAUUCCAUAUUCUUCAGCAUGGCGAAGAACGCGGGCAUCGUAAGCUAAUAAUCGCUGCAUGCCGUGGUAUGAUGUGUUCAGCUAGCAUAAGCAUAAUUAUUCCAUUGUUAGUUGUAAGUGUUAAUAGUUUAGCGUGUUUGUGCGUUCUUUCGCGUCAUUAGCUUAAACUUUACGUGUGCCAUUCGAAACCAAAUAAAGUUUCAAAAACUGAA